CGAUGCAACUAGCGGCGCAUCGCCCUCACAGCGAACCGCUGGCUCUCCCAACGCCGCAUUACUUAGCAUUCAUACCCCUUCUGACGGUCCGUGCACGAAAAGCGCUUGCGUUAGGCUAGUCCGCACAUUUGCAGCCCUCGCCAGCCCAAGUGCUCUCGACGCCGUCGACGAGACAGCAGCGACCAUGUCCCUGUCGCGCCGCCAGGUCCGAUUGCGGAGGGAGUACCUUUACAGACGGAGCCUCGAGGGCCGCGAGAAGGAGGUCUAUGAGAAGAAGAGGAAAGUCGCCGAGGCGCUGGCCGCGGGCAAGCCCAUCCCAACCGAACUCAGAGAUGAGGAGGCGGAGUUACGAAGACUGGACGAGCUGGACCCUAGUCGAGGCGGCCCGCUGAACCGCGCGCCUGGCAUGCUCGAUGAUGAAUACGCGCGCUCUUUGACCGGAGAACGCCAGGCCAAAGUCUGCGUGUCGACGUCGCGCGAUCCCUCGUCCCGUUUGAAGCAGUUCGCCAAAGAAUUGAAACACAUGCUUCCGAAUAGCACGCGAGUCAACCGCGGCAAUGCGCGCGUCUCAGCUUUGGUAGAGGCUACUCGGCGAGGCGAGUUCACGGACUUGAUACUGGUGCACGAGACGCGGGGCCAGCCCGACGGGUUGGUCGUGUGCCACCUGCCGCUCGGACCCACCACCUAUUUCACCCUCGAGAACUGUGUACUGAGGCACGACGUCGACACGCCGCCCAAAUACUCGUCGGACAUCGCGCCCCAUCUCAUCUUCCACGAUUUUGAUGAAACGAAACCUCUCGCACGGCGCCUGAAGACCGUGCUCACUUGUUUAUUCCCGGUGCCCAAAAGUGAAGGCCACGAGCGCCUGUGCACGUUCUAUAACGCCGAGGACCGUAUCAGCUUCCGCCACCACGCCGCGUCGCGGGAGGGCAAGGAGGUCGAGUUGAAGGAACUGGGCCCGCGCUUCGAGAUGCGGCCGUACAUGAUCAAGCUCGGGACAUUGGAUCAAGCCGACGCGGACGUGGAGUGGGUCCUGCGGCCGUACAUGAACAGUGCGAAGAAGAUUAUCUAAAAGAAGGUUGUGA